AUGCAGAGUUGGUGUCGUCUCCUCGUUGCAUACCUCAUUGUCUCUUCUUUACUCGUCGAUGCUGACAAAGAUGACGAGGAAGUUGGCAACGAGAAUCCUUUUACAUACGUCCGAUGUAGUGAGAAAGGUCCAAGUAAUUGGGGGAAUCUAAAACCAGAAUGGCGAGUCUGUCGAACAGGAAAGCUUCAAUCCCCGAUUAAUAUUGCCGAUAGUAAAGUUGUCGUUGUCCCAGAAAUCGGGCAAUUGCGAAGAACAUACACGCCGGCACGAGCUACAAUCAAGAAUCGCGGUCAUGAUAUCAUGGUAAAAUGGCAUGGAGACGCCGGAGGUGUCGUAAUAAAUGGAACCAUGUACGAACUACAACAAUGCCACUGGCAUUUCCCGACCGAGCAUACAAUCAAUGGAAAUAGGUACAAAAUGGAGACUCACUUGGUUCACAAAAGCUCGGCCGGAAAAGUCGCUGUGAUCGGAAUUUUGCACAGGCUCGGACCCCCUGAUUCCUUCCUCGAAAAGGUCAGACUCAUGAUCCAGCUUUUACACCAUGUAAGAAAUGUUAGUGAAGAACCAACUGAAAUAGGGAUAAUCAACCCAAGGGAUAUCAAAUUCGGGCCUCGAAAAUAUUACAGGUAUAUCGGAUCUCUCACAGUUCCUCCAUGCACGGAGGGUGUUAUCUGGACAAUACUAAAUAAGGUGAAGACUGUCUCGAUCGAACAGAUGAGGGAACUAAGAGAUGCUGUUCAUGAUGGUUUCGAUGACAAUGCACGACCAAUUCAUCAAUCUCAUGGCAGAUCGAUCUUCCUAUUUCUCCCCCCGGUGCAUGACAAACCUUCAAACAUGAAUUAG